CAAGUCUGGAUGGAGGAUAGUCUCAUGUGCAUCCAGAAUAUUGUACUUGCUGAGCAAAAAUAUUUGGUCUAAUUUCUGCUCCAUGGGCAACCUUCUCAACAAGAACAACUUCUCCAAAGUUGACGGCGGCGACGACGCGCUGAACGCACAACCUGAUCAAGCACCGGAACGCCACCGCCACCGGAAUCCAUCCGACGAGCAAAUGAUUGUUCCAUCGCUAGUAAGAAGAGAUCAUCUGCUUCGAAAAAACGCAGGCGACAUGUGUGACAUCUGUUAUAGAAUUCAUCGGAAGGCGGCCGGGAAAGCAGUUGAUCCGAGGUUGCUGACCGUGCUAGAAUUUUUCCGACAACUCUACGUGCGGCGACGGGAAGUGUUCGAGACAAGUUUUCCGGAUCUUCACAGCGAGUUUGAUGAGAUAUUUAAGAAGCAUGGCGCGAAGUUGUCCCAAGCAAAAUCAUCCGGUCGUCAAGGGAAAGUGAAAAGUGUACAGAGGAGCUCGAGCGUUGGAUCGUCGCGCGAGAUAUCCGGGGAUGAUUUGAAGCUCGAAAGGUUUAAGGUAAAGACUGUAGUUGUCGGUGGUGAUGUUAAAGAAGGUGGCAAAGGAGGUCAGGGUGAUAAAAAGUAAGGGAAAUAGAUAUGGUCAGCGUGAGAAAAAUAAUGUGUAGAAUAUUCUUUGCUUCAGAAGAUAUAUAUAUCAUGGGAUUUCG